ACCUGAUGACAGCUACAUAGAAAGAAGAUCACUUCUACUGAAAACUCUCUGAUGGGGCAUAAUUCGCCAGUUUUCAUGUGAUAGUUGUUAUGAAAAUUGUGGGAUAAAAUUGUAAAAAAAAUUCUGUUGAUCAGGAUUGUCAUGGAGUAUCUGCGGGCGAUCAUCCUGGUCACGACGUUAAUUCUCUCGGUAUUAUGCCCCAUUUACGGCCAGUCCCCAUCAGCCCCCCGCCGUCUCUCCGGGGGGUUGUCCGUGGAGCAGAUGAUCCGCGGCGGCGCCUUCGGGAUGUCGAAUGUGGAGUAUUUCGCCGAUGAGAUCGGUUAUCUGUUUGAGGAGCAGUAUCUAACGGGGCAGCCGGGCGCGGAGGGGAUGUUCCACCCCCUGGCCAGUCUCCAGCGACUGCUGGUGGAGGGGCGCUGGCCGUUUCCGGGGGAGAACGGCGCCACGCAGGCCACCACCCCGGCGUCCACUCCAGCGCCGCAAGUCAGCAGUGCCUGUGCGCUGGAUAUGGCCAGUUUGUUGUUGGGAUUGCGACAGAACUCCACGUUUGCUUUACAAGUGGCGGACGCCGCAGCUAAACCGGCCAGCGACAUUCUCCACGGCGCCCUGACCUGGCCGGGCAGCUUCAGUGAGUGCAUCGCGCUGAAUUCCCUACCGGAAACCAAGCGUUUAUUCCAGACACACUACUGCCUGGUGGCGGUGGGCCAGACCAUUCAACCACUUCCGAGUGGUUUUGUGAUGAUUUCGGCCAGUCCGCAUAUCGGUCUCUGCAUGCCGCAUUCCUGUAGCGAUCGCGAUACGGAUAUCCUUUUUAUCAUGGCACUGAACCAGUUGAACGUCAGCUUGGGGAGCCGGAAACUACUUGCCAACCUAGCCAAUGAGUACGUGUACGACACCAAGGCCAUCGCCUGGAUCGCCGUCUGCUGCUGCUUCCUGUUCGCUAUGAUAACCGGCACCGUCCUCGAUGUGGCCGUAGUCCGCUACGUCCCACCCGCCCCGCGCACCGACGACGAUGAGCUGCUGGUCGACACCGGUAUGGAGAAGGACGCGGCGGUACAGAGGAGCACCUUCCGUGUCGAUGAGGCCCACAUUGUGGUGCGUAUUCUGUUGGCAUUCUCCCUGUACACCAACGGCAUGAACCUGCUGAGCACCAAGAGUGUCCGGGCGCCGGGCAUCCAGGAUCUGGCGUGUCUGCACGGGAUCCGCUUCCUGACCAUGGGCUGGGUCAUUCUGGCCCAUACACACGUCUUCGCCAUACCCGUCUACUCGAACAUUCUGGAUGGAUUAACGGUUCUGUCGGACUUUUGGGAUCACACCGUCUCCAAUGCCUUCGUCGCCGUUGACACGUUCUUCACCAUCAGUGGGUUUCUGGUGACGUACAUUACCCUAAAGAAACUGAUGGCGCGUCCGCGUACCCACUGGUCGUUUUGGCCGGUGUUCUACGUGCACCGUUUCUGGCGUCUGACCCCGCCCUACAUGCUGCUGCUGGGCCUGUACGUCUCGCUGUACGCCUACACCGGCGCCGGGCCGUGGUGGCCCUUCUCCGGACCGGAAGUGGACGCCUGCCGUAACACGUGGUACGCCAACUUCUUCUACAUCAACAACGUCUACAAAGACCAGGAAAUGUGUAUGAAUUGGACUUGGUACAUGGCCAACGACAUGCAGUUCUACAUCAUCAGUCCCAUUUUCCUGUAUCUCUUUUCCAAGAACAAGAAACUGGGCAUUGUCGCCGUGCUGGCCGCCCUGGGGGCGCACAUUGCCGUCACUGCCGUCAUUUCCCACCACUACGCCCUGCCCAUUAGCCAGUUCGGCAGCAACCUCAGUGAUCCGAUGAGCCAACAAAAUGCCCUUAACUACAGUGUGUAUUAUUAUUUCAAGCCCUGGACCCGCAUCGGACCGUAUCUGAUUGGAAUUCUCCUGGGAUUUUUGAUUGUAUCCAAACCGGAGCUCAAACUGAAAUCCGUAUACACGACGCUGCUGUGGAUUUUCUCCAUUGGAAUAUUUGUCAGCAUCGUGUACGGCACGUAUCCCAACGACAACGGCGCGCCUUUCUCCAACAACCUGGCCAGCGCCUACAACGCCCUGCACCGCACCGCCUGGGCGGUCGGCCUGUCCUGGCUGAUCGCCGCCUGCAUCUACGGCUACGGCGGCCCCGUCAACGUCUUCCUGUCAUUCCGCGGCUUCAUCCCGCUGUCCCGGCUGACGUACUGCGCCUAUCUGAUCCACCCCAUGGUCAUCUUCCACCAGUACUACAUCAUGACGUCACCGCUGCGCUACGACAAGUACACCAUGACCUACUAUUUCUUCGGGCAUGUCUGCAUCACCAUGGGAUUGGCCGCGGUGGUCUCGCUGGCCUUCGAGGUGCCCAUGAUGCAGCUGGAGAAGCUGCUCUUUCGGAAGCUGAAGCUUAGUUGAUACCGGCCGCCUCCCGGGGGGGUCGGGGUUUUGUCUGUGAUUGCACGCGCGUGAGAUUGUUUUUGAUUGGAAUUUGGUUUCUUGUUAAGAAGAUUUUUCCGGUUGAUGCGUAUUUUGUUCAGUGAUCGAUAUAUAUUUCUAAAACGUUUUGUUCGAUGUUUUCCGUCGGAACGAAGCACGUUAACCAAAACUGAAAAAUACGAUGAUAUGCUGUGUUGUAAUUAUCAUAUUGUCGUGAAAUAAUUAGUCAAUAACGUGCCGGUAAAAGCUUAUUUGCAAUAAAAACAAGUUGAAA